AUGGUGACCGUGAGAGAGCGCUUUGCAUCCGCAAAGUUGGACAGCGUGAUGGAGGAACUGGAGCAGUCGCAUGGCAUCGACAAUCCCAUCUCGAAGAUCUCUGUCCUUGAGAAAUUGUGCAGCUUCACAAAGGCUGGGGAUGCAGUGCUCAAUGACGCACUGCUGACAUGGGUCAUCCACGACCUCAUGGCUGCCACGAGGAACCGCUGCCUCUCCGGGGCCGAGAAAACCAGAGCCUUCCACCGCAUCAAGUGCAGUCUUCUGAGUCGGCGCAUCUGCUACUAUGUCAUCAGCAAGCUUCGCUUCACCAAGUCGGAGGCGAAGAAGUGCGUCGGUGACAUGGGUUCGGCAACGGACGUGAAAAGCCCUCUAGGCUUCUACAACAACUUCUUGUCGCACGAGGCGCUGGAGAAGUCCAUGCUGAACGACACCAUUUCCGACAAGCUGUGGCUGAGCAACCUCCCGGAAUACCAGCGCGAGUCCUUGGAGACCAUGCGUCUCUUCCUCGACCCAUCCCCGGCCCUCUAUGCCGCCUUGGAUAAGAGCAUUGACAAAGAUCCCCAGGCUUCGGCUGAGGAGUGCCUGGUGCAAGAUCACUGGCAGUCGAACCUCCCUGCCCUGGCUCCCAUCUCUUCGGCUCCACCUCCUGCUCCGGAACCUGCGGCCGUUGCCGCCGAGACUGAGAUCCCAGCUGAUGCUGGUGAGCCUGAGCACGAUGACGAUGCCCUCCAUUCCGGGCAGCUGGUUGCCCAAAUGACCGCGCCAUCCGAGGCUCUUCCAGCGGGGCCAUCGCAUGAGGAUGCAUUGAGAAGCAUCACGGAUGUGCUGUCCAUCCCCUCCUGGCUUAUGGACAUCAUGCGCAAGGUUUCCCCGGAGGUUAUUUCGCUGAGUGUGGACAGCUAUGUCCGAUUCCUGAAGACAAAAUCUGAAAAGAUGACUUCUUUUGAGGAGACAGUGGGUGAUGCCUUGCAGGGACAAGGGCCCUGGAUGAUCCUUCUGGAUGGCAUGAACUUCGGGUCUCCCUCGCCGAAAUGCUCCGGAGUGCCCGGGCACCUGCUUCGCGCGGCGGUGUCAAAGGUUAUGGAGCUGGAUGCUGACAAUGAGAUCCGAGCCCUUGGUGGUGACUCUUUGUUCAUGAUCAGUGACGGGCGGAAUGGUCAGUGCGACCGGCUGAUCCGCUCAGAGAUCAAGAAAAAGGCCAAGGCAGCCCAGAACGUCUGUACGAGGAAAGCCUGCGUGAACUUUAGGCUGAUGUUCCACCUUCGGGAGUUGAGUGCUUCCGGCCACCUCGGCCUGCGUUCCAAGAAGAAAAUGCACUCCCAGCUCGGGAAACCAUUGGAAAACCUGCGCAUUGUGAAGGGCAAGCAAACGAUCAUGCCCGUCAAAGAGCGCAAAUUUCUGGAUCUUCCAGGCGACUCGAGCACCCGUGGCCUCAGCAAUCUGCCGCUUGUCUACCUGGAGUCUACCUUAACUUCUUACUGCUUCGAUCAGUAA